GCCGCGUUUCCCGACACCCCUCCUCCCCUGUCUUUUCCUUCCCGCCCCCCUCUCUCUCUCUCUCACCCGCACACACGCUUUGGAGUUCUCCGUUCUUUAUAGAUAGAAGGUUAGAUGAGAAGGCGAGGAGGCUUCCCAAAAAAUUCGAUUUUUAGGUGGUUGUCUCCAUCGGCGUGCUUGCUUCUUCGUAAAGCCAGUGUGGUUCGAUCCAAGAUCGAGCGUUUUGUCAAGAAUAGAUAAGAAAAGGGGCUUUUAGCGGAAGAGAGGACCAGUCUGAUCAGCAAUAUAAAUGGACCCCGCAACAGCGUCUCCUUCGAUGAUGGCAAGGAGCUUCGCCAAGAUCCUCCGCUUACGCCGUGCCUCCACUAUCUCUGGUCAUGAAGGCAUGGAGUCUAGCAAAGAUGACAGAACCCAUAAACUCAAGUUCUCAAAAAGCCUGGAAGGAUACUCUUCUGUUCUCUCUGAACCCCAUUGUGGCAGCAAAGGCAAAGAGGAGGAGCAGCAGCAGCAGAAGCUGAGCAAUGACAGAGAAAUCAUGGAGUCGCUCCUCGCCAAUCUGUUUGCUAGAAUUUCAUCAAUCAAAGCAGCAUAUGCCCAGCUUCAAUUUGCCCAAUCUCCAUAUGAUCCGGACUCCAUCCAAUCUGCCGACCAGGCUGUGGUCUCUGAGCUCAGGAACCUCUCUGAGUUGAAGCAUUACUACAUCAAUAACCAGUUUGAUAUCCACACUCUCAUAGAUUCCAAGGCGCCGCUCGAGGCCCAGGUUCAGGAGCAGCGAAACCUUCUGAAGACCUACAAGAUUACCACCAGAAAGCUCGAGUCCGACCUCGACUUCAAGGACUCCAAGAUUCUCUCCCUCCAAGCUGAGCUGCUGGAACUAGAUAACCAGAACAAGUCCCUAAAGGCCAUGCUUCAACCUGGCCGCUGCUCGUUGUCCAGCCUUGACGAUCUCCAUCUUUCUGGGCUGAACCCCAACCAUUUGCUCGUUGUGCUCCGGUAUGCAGUUAAAUCAAUCAGGUCCUUUGUCAAGCUAAUGGUGCAAGAGAUGGAGUCUGCUAGAUGGGAUCUUGAUGCUGCUGCCGGGGUUAUACACCCUGAUGUGGUACUGUGGAAGCCAGAGCAUAGGAUUUUUGCCUUCGAGUCCUACAUCUGUCAGAAGAUGUUCUCCGAUUUCCAUCACCGUGAUUUCAACCUCAGCUUAUUGAAGGAUUGUGCGAAUUGGAACCAGCAGCAGUUCUUUGAUGAGUUUGUUAAGCUCAAAUCCUCGAAGACAAGGCAAGUUCUUGAUGGAAAGGUUGCAGCAGCAUCAGGGUUGUGGAAUUUCUGCAGGGCCAAGUAUUUGAGCUUGGUGCACCAGACAAUGGAGGUGGCCUUCUUCGGCAGUCUAAAUUACAGGUCUCUUGUGAGCUCCGGCCGGGGAUUUCCUGACUCGGAGUUCUUCUUGGUGUUCGCCGAGAUGGCAAGGCGGGUGUGGCUCUUGCACUGCUUGUUCUUCUCAUUCGGGACGGAGAUGGAAGCAUCCAUCUUUCAGGUGAGGAGGGGGUGCUGGCUCUCGGAGGCGUACAUGGAGAACGUGGUGGUGGCGGACGACGGUGCUGGCGUGCGGCCGGCGGUGGGCUUCACGGUGGUCCCAGGGUUCAAGUUGGGGAAGGUGGUCAUACAAAGCAAGGUCUACCCUUUGCUCGGGGAGCCGAAUGGAAGGUCAUGAUCCUGAUUCUGCCAUGGGAAGUGCAAAGGUCCAUCAGGUGUCUGUGCAAGUGUUUUAGCUCAUGCACUGAGCCAAUCCUCUGGUUCUUGAUGGGGAAACGCAGACAUCAAACAGCUUUCUAGACUGAUAUAUAAGCCAUCAUCUGAGACCCCAAGAAGCGAUGUGGGUAGCUUACCAAUGAUACUGUGACAUGUCGGCUUGGAAGGCUUGUUGCUAUCUGUGGUGCUGAAGCAAGUUCUAAUACAUAUAAUUUCCUAGUGGUUAGCAUGUGUAUAAUUGAUAAUGAUAGAUGUUAUAAUUAAUAAUUAUAUAUAGAGAUAUGAUGGCUUGUGAAAAAUUAGGUGUGGUUUGAUUCUAACUAAUGGAGGUUGGCCUUGAUCCCUCAUAGGAGCAUGGAAA